ACACAAUGUAUAUCCUGAAAAACCUUUAGAGGUCUCCGAGCUGUUAAAUAUUUGUGCAGUUUAGUUGUGUGCCUCGGUGGAAACCUCCCUCAGGUUUUUCAGCCGAGCUGCGUGUAUUUCCAGAAAAACAUGUUGCGGCUCAGAUCUGGGCUGUCAGUAGAGCCUUGCAAGCGAACUGGGAGCUAGCUGUACAUUUGCAUUGUAACGCUGCAACUUACUGCUGGCAAGAGAAAGCAGAACCAACCCUUUCACUAAAUAAACAGCAGCCAAGGAUUAGGGCUGGAUAUCUUCUCUUCGCCGAAGUUAUGCUCUCCUUCUGUAACUUCCACCCUGCAUCAGCAUCUAAGGGCAUCCAUCUAAUAUUAAAAGGUGGUACAUGCCAGAGCCCUGCUCUCCCAGCCCUGGUCCGUCCACCAGCCCCUCCUUUGCAACCAUCGCUGGAUAUUAAACCAUUUCUUCCCUUUCCUCUUGACACUGCCGCCGCAGUCAACCUCUUCCCAAAUUUUAAUGCGAUGGACCCGAUUCAGAAAGCUGUAAUAAAUCAUACAUUUGGGGUUCCUCUUCCUCAUCGAAGAAAGCAAAUCAUAUCAUGCAACAUUUGCCAGUUGAGAUUUAAUUCUGAUAGCCAGGCGGCGGCCCACUACAAAGGCACGAAACAUGCCAAGAAGCUCAAAGCACUGGAAGCCAUGAAAAAUAAGCAGAAAUCUGUAACUGCCAAGGACAGCGCAAAGACUACCUUCACUUCCAUCACUACCAACACCAUCAAUACCAGCUCUGACAAAACAGACAGUACCACAGGGACACCAGCAAUAUCGACGACGACAACUGUGGAAAUUCGCAAAAGCAGUGUUAUGACAACUGAGAUCACCUCUAAAGUGGAAAAAAGUCCUACGACAGCCACUGGCAAUAGCUCAUGUCCUUCUACAGAGACUGAGGAAGAAAAGGCAAAACGACUCCUAUACUGUUCCCUAUGCAAGGUUGCUGUCAACUCUGCCUCACAGCUGGAGGCGCACAACAGUGGUACAAAGCACAAAACUAUGCUAGAAGCCCGUAAUGGAAGUGGGACUAUCAAAGCCUUUCCUAGGGCAGGAGUGAAAGGAAAGGGACCUGUUAAUAAGGGAAAUACAGGUCUACAAAAUAAAACAUUUCACUGUGAAAUCUGUGAUGUGCAUGUCAACUCAGAAACACAACUUAAACAGCACAUUAGCAGUAGAAGGCACAAAGACAGAGCUGCUGGGAAGCCCCCGAAACCUAAAUACAGCCCUUACAACAAACUACAGAAGGCAGCACAUCCACUGGGGGUAAAGUUAGUAUUUUCAAAAGAACCCUCAAAGCCAUUGGCUCCAAGAAUUCUACCCAAUCCUCUUGCAGCUGCAGCAGCUGCAGCCGCGGUGGCCGUGAAUUCCCCGUUCAGUCUUCGAACUGCUCCAGCAGCAACUUUGUUCCAAACAUCUGCUCUUCCUCCAGCGCUCCUGAGGCCAGCCCCUGGGCCCAUUCGGACCGCCCACACCCCAGUGCUGUUUGCUCCUUAUUGAAUUCCAAAAGGGAAUCAUUGUACUGCAAUAAUUUUUCACAAAACAAAACAAAAAACAAAAACAAAACAAACAAAAGAGAACUAUGCAGUGUUUAUUUAUAGUUUAAAGUCUAUCUGAAGAGCCAGGACUUUUGAUAGUGAAUUGAAAUGAUUAUUUAAAGAAAAAAUAUUAAAAUGGAGGGAAGUUUGGGAAUGGGAGGGCCCAGGGUGGUAUUUUUCUCCAAAUUAAAGCCUUCCUCUUGAACAUUGAUUGUUUUAGAAGUGAUCACCAACAUUGACUUGUAGUGGUAUCCUAGAAUUUCUGAAGCCUUUGUGACUUGUGCUUUGGGGCACCUUUCCCCCCUGCAUUGUCUUUCCUGCUUUAUGAAAACACCUAUCCAUUGUCUAAGGGCAUUAACUGGUUCCGAUGUAUAUAGAAUAAUUUACUCUGUAGAUGAAAAUAAUAUGAAAAAAGAAAAAACACAAAAACAAAAGCAACACUGUGAAUAGUAGUACCCAUGCUGGUCCUCCUGCUAUGACAGCAAUUCCUGGGUAUUUAUCCCAACAAAAGUAGAUGCAGUAGAUGUCUUGUAAAACAAUAGUGCUGUGUCUAAAUCUCUGCCACUAGGUUUUAAAGAAUUACAAAUGGUGGAAUGAACAACUAUUUCAUGCCAAUAAGCAUUCAAAAACAAACCGACACCUAUGGUGGUGUGAAGGUCUCCUGGUUACCUUCUCCCCUUCCCACAGCCAGCAUGGGGAUGAUCUUAAGUUUAGAAAAGCAAAACAUGACUAAGCCCAGAGGAGGGGGAGAUGCUAAUAAACAUGGUUUCUAGUAAAGUGCACUUUUCCACCCUGAAGCAGAAUUGCUGAAAGUAGAGAAUGUUCUAUCUGUAAUGCACCUUUAUGUGAAAAUAGAUAAGCCCAUGUAUCAUGGGUGUUUAGAAAGAAAUCAGCUCAACUGUUAUGGUUCAUGGAUAAGGAAUAAUUAAAACCUAGGAUGAUAAUGCUAAGAAAAGAUUUUUAUGUUAGCAUAUAUUCAAUAAACCAGAGAAUAUUAUGUCUCUGCAAUAUCUCUUUUAUAUCAUAUCAGUAGGACUGUCUCUUAGGUUUCUGCUUUGAACAGGAUGGUAGACAUAGGUGUUUGGGCUUUUAUUUUUUAUUGUCGUUUUUAGAUUUCCUACUGACAUGAUAUAAACCAUUAAUAUAUAUUUAUGUUAGCAAAAACAGUUCAAUGAAUAUGAGUCUUUUGCAGGCCAAGGAUACAGUGUUAAAAAAAUACUGAUAAGAUGCAUUCGACCAUCAUUUCUCUAGUGGAGUUGUGAAAAACUGAUAGCCUUGGAUAUUCACCAUAAGGCUGAAAAGAGUUGAUGUUUUACCAUUAAACAAGAUUUAUCAGGGGUAUAUAUAAAUGUAUAUGUAUAUUGUAUAUAUGUUAGAAAGACUAAGAGAAUAACUUAUGAAAAGAAAAUCUAUAUAAGAUAAUUAUAUCUCCAUCCCAUGUUACAUGUUAUCAUGAAGUUGGUAACAAAUGGCAUAAAAAUAGCUGUGCCUUUAAUUUGUGAUAAAGGCUGUAUGCUUUUUUCCCAUAGGCUAACAUAUACCUAUCACUUAUGAUGGGGAAUAAGAACAAUGACAUUCAAACUUACAGCAAUGAUACAACAUGUACAAAUAAACCAUAUGUGAUUUAGGUUUAGAGAAAAAUAUUUUUGAAAAAGUUU